CUGUCCUUCGAGGUAGUAGUUCAAGAAUUAGAGUAGAGGGCGGAGAAGAUCAGGCUUAGCAUUUGAGGGUGUGUUAUUGCUGAGGUAUGGGAGGUGUAUAUUGAUAAUGGCCUAUGACAGCAGAGUAUAUGGAUAAAGAUUGAAUGUUUGUGUGAUUAUGGAAGCAAAUGGGAGCGUUUUCAAUGUUUCAUGGCAGAAACCAAAUUUUCCAAGAAAUUUUGACAAAAAUUACAAUGGAUCCCCAUAUGAAGCAGCUGCAGGAUAGUUUGGUCGAGAUUGAAACAGAAGCUGAGCAUCUGCUCUUGGCACGUCACCAGCUUGUUGAAAAUGACAAAUUGCGAAACGGUAACAGAGAAGCCUUGACAGCACUCCGCAAGAGAGCUUGCACAACCAAAAGCAGUGUUCCUUCUCCUUUUGAGGCAUUAAUGAAAGAAAUAGAAGGAGCGAGAGAACCAUUGGUGAAAGAAAUAUGUUCAACUUGUGGGAACCAUGACUCUAAGGAGCAUACGUGGAUGAUGUUCCCAGGGUCUGAUAUCUUUGCUCUUGUGCCUUUUCAUGUGGCUCAUACCAUCUUAGAGAAAGAUCAAGAAAGACUGGACUAUGAGACCAAGAAGCUGCAGAGCUAUGUGAAAGAGAAGUCCUUCUCCAUCUCUGAAAAAGGAGCUCUAGCUGAUAGAAUUAGUCCCGGUGUUGUGAAGUCUCUGGUCUCCCUGACAGACAAAUCUAAGUAAAUUCUCACAGGGUUAAUGCACAACCAUAUUAUUUUCAUCUUGUAUUUUCAAGCCUGUUUUACUUGCCGCUUCUGGUUUGCUUUGUGUCGUAAAUUCUGCAAUUGGACAGAUGAUUAUAAUUUAAAUAACUUUAUUUAAGAAUUUUUUUUUCUUCAAGGUGAAGUCUGACAUGAGAUCAUCUAUGCAUGAGUCUGAUCUCUGAUGUUUGUGUGGUAUAUUACAGAGGUUUAUAAUAGAGGACAAUAAUUAUGGAUUUUCAUUCCA